CAUGACACAGAAUAGCAUUAGGACCAAUCAUAAUUUAAUCAUAAAAAAAAAACCUCACUGGUUUGGAAAUUGAGUGAGAUACAGGUGUGAGAGGUGGAAAAACCAGUUUGAGAUAGGUGUGUAUUUUCGUAUUUUCUUAGCUUGUGUAGCAGGAAGACUUUGUUAGGGAUGAAUCCUUGAUAUGAGACACCAACUUGUAAAGUGAUUUAUGUAAACAUGGGGACCUAUCUCCAAGCAAACUAUGAGGAAAAGCUACGAUCAAGGUAAAUUCUGCGGAUGUAAAAUGUGAUGGGCGUGUGUUUUUUUACAUUUAUUUAUACGUUUUGAAAGAGUUUCUGUUUUGUUUGCAGAGUCUGACGAGAGUGUGUUAACACACGGAAUGUCAAGUAUAGUUCUGUAGGGUUAUCUAACCAGCCAGAUCUGAACGUUACCUGCUGCUCCAAACUUUCUCAUACUUCAUUAUCUCUGGGAAUAGAUAGAGUAGCAAUAAAUACAAUAGCUCUCCUUUAACAUGACCUGAUUUAAAGGUUAACCACAGUUAAGUAUUAUUCAUAACAAACUGAAAAAAGCAAAUCUGUGUCCCUGUACAUUUACAUGAAUGAGGAGGAGAAAGGAACUUACUUGUGAUCUCUCCCCCCCCCCCCCUAUAAAUCUGUCAGCUGUCUGGGUGAUUUGCAGGCUCUUUGUUGCAAUACCUCAAAUGCUCCCUGCACAGUGCUUGAUCUAGGUUAUAGCUGAGGUCUGACAGGCACAUUUCUACAAUCUCUAAAGAACUUUAAACUGUUAGUGUCUUUCUCUGUUAUAUCAUGCCAUAUUUUGGUCCCUGUAGAUGUGCAACCACUAUACAUAAGCUGCUGAUUUCAAACAGCACUGAGGAUGCUCACUUGUAGGGAAAGGGGGUACACUGCACGCUUACCAAAGCUGAAUUUUCCCUUGCCAAUGGCUAGCCGGAACAUGAAAACGUUAAAUUGCUCAUUUCAGUGCUAGCCUUUUGGCUGGGCACAUAUUUUUUUUUAUUUUUUUUUAAAUGUAAAUAACUGUCCUUCCUAUUGUGAUUGCACUACAAUUACCAAAAUUCUCUGCUACCCAUUCCCUGUGCAUUUUUCUGAAUUUCACUGUGGCAUUGUAAACUAGCGCCUAUAUUCACAGAGGUUCCACCAUAUUUAAGUACCCACGUCACACUACAUCUGCGAUCCGCUUUUAUCAGAAUAGUAUUUGUCUGCUAAUUGUAUCGUAAGUUUAAAGAUGAUAAUGUUUAUUCAAUAUACAAUGCACCCAAAAUGUUGGCUUAAAAUAAAGCGCUUUCACUUCAAGACACAUUUUAUUCCUUUGAAAAUUGAAUAUCACCUGAAAUGCUUUAAUUUGUGUUAAAAGAUAGGCCCACCUAAAUAGUCUAUGUCUGAAACAGCUGAAUUAUUCACUGCAUCUCAAUCAGUCUGACAUUGCCGUACCUACCCUUUGUACGCCUUUAUAAGUUUAAAUAAAAAGUGUGCAGUGUGCCUCGUCUGAAUAAACUUUGUGCUUGUGAUGACGAUAUGGUCAGCUCAGGGGUGCCCAAAAAGUAAAUCCCCGUAUAUUGUAGAACAACAACUCCCAUGAUUCUUUGCAUGCAUUUAGAAUUAUAUAGCAUCAUGGGAGCUGUAGUUUUAAAACAUCUGGUGCUCUACUUUUUGGCCAACCCUGUGUUAGCGUAUGCAGAGCUUCAUGUUUUACAUGAUGUCAUGAAAUCUGUGAUUUGUGGUUCAGCAGAAAGAUUAAUUUCAACUUAUAGAAAGCCUCGUUCAGUAGUGCUAUAGAAAGUUUAGUAAGCAUCAGUUACUUCCUGGUUUGGUGAGAUCUUUUCGCAAAUCCUGCAGUCAAGUGGUUUUCAGAUCAAAGUAAUGUUUUUUUUAAAUGUUUUAUUAUUUUCAUUUUUUGUUUGAUCAAUUAUCUGAUCUUUGUAAUGAUUUAAAUGACAAAUGGGUCAAAUCUCACCAACCAGCAGAUAAAACAGGAAUAUAAAUUGUCUGAUACUGAUCAUGGAUUGCGUUUUUGCGUUAUCGAAGAGCCGUAUAAUUUGUUCCUGUGAUAAAGAAAUAAUCAUUCCACACUUUAUUCUUAUUAAUGUCAUUAAUAAGAUAUGAAUUUAUAAUAAUUUGACCAAUGGACACCCGAGAUCAUACUUUGGACAUAUUGUAUCCUCCAGCUGGGUUUUUCCCCCCCGCACAUUAUACCCACCAGAACUUAUCAGAGUCAAACAUUGAAAAUUGCUGAAUUAAGAAUAAAACUGACUUGGCAUGGCGGCUUGCUGGUUAUGAGAAUGGAUGAAGAGAUGGGAGAGUCAAUACAUCUGGCUGGCAGCUUCUUUGUAUUAUUCAAAUAUUUAAUUUACAUUUUAAUCUGGAAUUUUUAUUUCGUAAUUUAUAAGAGACGUUUUAUUUUUUGUUGUCAGUGACAACACGAUUCCUUAAGAUAACGGACACAUAAACAAUGCAUCUUCCAGGGCAGCAGUGAUUCCAUUGCAUCGAUGCAAUGCAGCGCUGUAAGAACAUGUUUUCUCAGCCAGUGAAAGUUCCACAUGCUGUUGGGAGGUCCGUAAAAAUUGCUCCCAAGCAGUAAGUGGCAUUCACAUGACACAGAAAAUAAAAAAAUAAUCACAUGUGGCAGAAUGUAACCCACCAUCCGGGUUUUUCUGUAGCGUGCCAUUUCAAGGGACAGCAAAGCAUAGUGACCAGGACAUGCUGCACAAGCAUGCGGAUUAAACCAUACCGCCCAACAGUUCCGAGUUCAGAGUGAAUGUUCCAAAUUCAGGGUCCUGUCCCACCAUCCCGGAUUUGACCCCUGGUGUCCUGCAUUUGGGAAAACUGAAAAUCAAUCACCACACAACACAAGCACAUUGUUAGACAAAUUCGCACUGCGCAGAUUUAAGCCUAUUGGCUGGCACUGCAUGUUAACGGCGCUCCACACACAUGCCGCCCUAAGUGGUACCGGCCAGUACUAUGCAUUCCGCCAGGCUGCCAUGUCCUUUUUUUUGACAUGUCCCAAGCUGUCGCCUCCUCCCAGGACUUGAUGUGGGCAGCCCUAAGGCUGUCUGACAGCCUGUUUAAAGGGACACUAUAGUCACCUGAACAACUUUAGCUUAAUGAAGCAGUUUUGGUGUAUAGAACAUGCCCCUGCAGCCUCACUGCUCAACCCUCUGCCAUUUAGGAGUUAAAUCCCUUUGUUUAUGAACCCUAGUCACACCUCCCUGCAUGUGACUUGCACAGCCUUCCAUAAACACUUCCUGUAAAGAGAGCCCUAUUUAGGCUUUCUUUAUUGCAAGUUCUGUUUAAUUAAGAUUUUUUCUUAUCCCCUGCUAUGUUAAUAGCUUGCUAGACCCUGCAAGAGCCUCCUGUAUGUGAUUAAAGUUCAAUUUAGAGAUUGAGAUACAAUUAUUUAAGGUAAAUUACAUCUGUUUGAAAGUGAAACCAGUUUUUUUUUUCAUGCAGGCUGUGUCAGUCAUAGCCAGGGGAGGUGUGGCUAGGGCUGCAUAAACAGAAACAAAUUGAUUUAACUCCUAAAUGACAGUGAAUUGAUUAGUGAAAUUGCAGGGAAAUGAUCUAUACACUAAAACUGCUUUAUUUAGCUAAAGUAAUUUAGGUGACUAUAAUGUUCCUUUAAUGCUUUUAGGCAAGCAUUCCUUUAGAGCAGGCAUAUUAAUAAAUCACUUCAUUUAGCAUCACCAAUGAAAUACAUUAUAUCCAUGGCAAACACUCCCAAUUUAAUCCAGAAGGCAGGAUACCGCUAGGCAGAACUAUUCCUGUACUUUCCAACAACAUGUGGAAUUUAGACUUGUAUAGGAAACCCGAACAUAUUUGUAACUUAGUCUUUGAAAUAAAGAUGACAGCGGAUCACCCCAUUGUUGGUGGGAAUGCGAGAAACACAUUUUAAACAUACAAAUGUCAACCGGUAAGUGACAUGCUAUUUCCAACUGCAUGGGGGGAAGUAAUUGACCGCCACAGAUUUUUGGGGGGCAGAAAGUUGCUAAAUUACUUAAAAGGAAGUAGACAUUGGUAAAAAAACAAAACCAAAACAGAACAUGUGAUUAGCUUAUUUUCUAUCAAGGUAUCAGAUCUUUUAGACCUAGAUUUAGGAACUAUUAGUAAUAUUUCAUACACUUUUAACCUGUAUCACUCAUCCUAAAUACAUACAAUUCAAGUUAAUAUUGCCAUAAAAUGCCAUGUAAAGUGUCGCUAUAGGUAAUUUGUGUUAAGAAGUGUAAUAGAUCAUUGUUACUAAGAAGCAUGUUAUUAGGGAGUGUCUGAAUUUGAGUUCCCUACCUGCCCUCCCGGCUACACAGGUGAUGUCAGCAGGAUGCACAAAGGCCAGGUUAAGGAGGUGUCUGUACCUAUUACAUGGAGGCUUUACUCCUGUCCCUGCCUGCCUGCUUGCAGACACAUAGUGUGCUCCACAGCCCUGGAUAAUGUGAGUAUAUCUUCACUGUUUAGAAAAUAAAAAGGAAAAGUAAUUCUCAGGCCUAGUUUUAAUGCUAUACAAAAUGUUACCAGUUCCCAAACGGUUAUCACUUCACGUUGCUGAUGGGCAGAGCAUGAAUUGUGCUACCCUGCAUCCUGUGGUAUUUUAAUUGCAGCAGGAGGGAACUUCACUGAUUGAUCAAGAUGAAUCUUACAACUUUCUAAGAGAGUUGGCGUUCCAUUCAUGCAGCAUAUGAAUGCUACAUACUAUACCAGUAAUCAGCAGUGAUAGAGCUAUAUACACUCAUAGAAACAUGGUGAGUCUGACUACUCUAGCUUUGCAAGCCGUGACAAUGAAAGCGGUUCACUUAAAGAGGAAAUAUUUCACUAAAAGUUAGGGUUUUUUUUGGUUUUUGUUUGGUUCCUCGCCAAGAAGGUAAGAGAAAAAAAUAAUAAAAUCUAAAUAUCACCAUGGCACUUUUUUGAUCAUCUCUACAGAAAUCCUAUAUCAGCGCAUGCACUCUCAGGCUAUCCUUAAUUUAAUUUAUGUGGUACUUAUAGGGAGUGUCCGUAGGGAAUAAAAGGGAAUCAUGACGGACUAUUUCCAUCAUGUGUCCUUAAGGGGUUAAAUAGAAAAAGCCAAAUCCAUCGCUAAUUUUAGUUCGGCUUUAACUUGGUAACACACACCAUCUAUUGUGGUGUUAAUAUUAGUCGUUAUUAAGAUUUUAAACUGUAUUUUUGUCUUUGGUAAUAAAACCGCAUUCAAUUCGUAUUAGGUUAAUUUUUAAUUUAAGAGUCAAUUAAUUAUUUAGUUGCUAAAGGUGGAGUGUAAAACUAUAAGCCUUUCACACACACAAAAAUGGUGCUGAAAUUUUAUAUAUAUCUUGUAAUUUAUUGAUUGAGUGAUGGAAAUUUAAAAAAGUUAAAACUGUUUAAUAAAUAAAACAGGACUAUCACCACAAUCACCACAGUUUGUAUGUGUAGAUUUUGAGGCCUCUAUCUAAUUUUAUAAUCGCGUAAUCCGUCUAAUAUGUUUGUUUACAAACAUUUCGAUUUACCAUGGUGCUGUCUCUUUGAUAAGGUUUACUAUUGCGUUUCUGUAUAGGUAUUUGUCUGAGUAUUUAACGCUGAGCGAGGCGGAGUUAUUUAUAAUAUUCACCGUAUCUAAUCAAUGCAUAUGGCAGGAAGGUUGACCCCUCAUUAUGAGAUUAUUAUUUUUGUGUGUGUCUCACUGUUGAAAAGGGGACAAGUCAUUUAAAGGCAUAAAUCUGAAGUUAAUAGGUGUAUCUUGUUUAAGAGUUAAACAGUUCCUGAAAGUUCCCCACCCAAGGAUUACCCUGUACAAUAGACCGAGCGAGUGAGGACAUGCACUUGACUCUAAGAAAAAUGCUGAGCUAGUGACCGUUUCACAGCUCCGAACAGCGAAGAAGAGCAGGGGUGUCCAAAAGGUAGAUCCCAGAUGUGGAAUUACAACUUCCAUGUAGCCUUGUUAUUCUAAAGGCAUACACAGACACUCAAAUCAUUAUGGGGGAUGCAGUUCUACAAUAUCUGUGGAUCUACCUCUUGGGCACCCCUGAAGUAUAUAGAUAUAGAAUGAUAGAGGUUCUAAUAGGGUCAGGGAUGCCGCAUCAACUAUGGUUUUAUGGACACGUACCAUGUAGAGACUGGGACCUCAUGUGAAAAGUCCUGUCUUAUAACUGGGAGAAAAAUUUUGCAGGUAAGGAAUCACAUGAUUAGUGGAACAUUCCAAGCACUGUAACCACUACAUCUUGUUGUAGUAGUUAUGGUGCCAGGAGUGCCCUGGCAGCCUAUUUGUAACUUGCCAAACUAUUUUAGAAUGACCUGACUACUUACCUGUAAGCACCGCUCAGUGAUGCAGGAGCUUCCAUUGGGGAGCAGUGCGUGGGGGACCCCCCAUUCUAAAAUGGUUUGCCUACUUAUACACCAGGACACUAUUAGCACCAUAACCACUAUAGCAUGCUAACGAAUACUGCAGGGCAGCGUUGUCUAACAUCAACAGGGAGAAACGAUGUACGUCCCCUAAUUUUAACGUAACCGAAUUACAGUAGAUCUUGGUGCUACCUUGCUAUGAUUGUGAGUUGUUCCUUUUUUUGAUAUAUAUAUUUCUAAGCCCAUCACAAGUUUAUAUCUGAUGGUAAUAGAGGCCAACAUGUCUUGCUCUGUAUUCAGUUGUGAUUUUGGUCCCUACAUGUGGUUUGUUUGGUUUACUGAAAAUACGUACUAAAAAUAUAUUCACAAAAAAAAUAUAUGUCCAGAAAAACAUGGUGGAUAUAGCAACGCAAGAUGGGGUCUAUCCGCAUCUCUGUGAACUUAAUAAACUGAAUAGUUUAUUCUACAGAUAAUAGAUUGAAUAUAGCACAUGACCGUGACAGAGCACCGUAAUGAGGUGAAUGCUCCUAGUCAUUACACAGAUUACAUUGCAAAAGGGAUCAUUUUGAUACUUAAAGGUACACUAUCAGCACCAAAACAAAUUUAACUUAAUAAAGCAGUUUUGGUGUAUAGAUCAUGGCACAGCUGUCUCUGCCAUUUAGGAGGUAAAUCAUGUUGUUUAUACAGUCCUAGUCACACUUCCAAAAGUCUGUUUAAUACCCUAAUAGAACCUGCAGGAGCCUCCUGUGUGUGAUUUAAAGUUUAAAUUCACAGAACAGGAUAUUAAAAACUUCUAAAGUAAACACACUGUGCUCUCAGAUCUGAUUGAAACUAAAAUACAUUCUUUCAUGGAGGAGGUGUGACUAGGAGUUAAAUACAUUUUACUCCUAAAUGGCAGAGAAUUGAGCAGUGAGACUGCAGGUGCAUGAAUGAUCUAUACCAGGGGUAGGCAAACUUAGGCUACACUGCCUAAUGUCAAUUCUGUGCAUACUUUGUCUGUUGUCUGCACGCUGGUGACAGACUUAAUUAAAGUCUGUAAGUGGAGUCUUGUCUUCCAUCCCUUCCACCUCCCUAUCCUGUUCAAUCGAUUUUUAGGCUCCCUUCUUCUCUCCCUCUCAACCUCCCCUUGUCGCCUGCAUGCACUCUGAUCCAGAUAAGUGGUCCUAUCAAAAACCUCUCUAGGAGGAGCCUUUUAUUGGACCGCAUGACAGCAGGUGUAACAUCAGAAGGCUGCGUGGAAAGCCGCGCUGGUAGCUUUGUCCAGCGCUGGAUUACAGAUAAAUAAAUACUUUAUUAAAAAUUGACAGGGAAAUUGAUGACAACAUACUCUUACAAGCUUAUUCUAUUACAGAUACCUGUAUAACGUCACCAGUUUAAUGUGAUAAUACUCUGAAGUGACCAAUUUAUUUUCCUAUGUAAUGCAUUAAUCAUAAAUAGUUUUAAAGUAUAUGAAACAUAGUGUGCAAAUAAUUCCAUUCAAUGGAUUCCAUGAGUGGACGUUCAGCAGCCUUUGUUAAAGGAGCACUCCAAGCACCAUAACCACUACAGCCCAUUAUAGUGGUUCCACAGUAUGACGUCAAUUUUUUUACCACGGAUUGACAACUUACCAACGUCCAGCUAUUUUUGUUCCUAUCCAGCGGAAGAAGAGUGACGUCUCUAUAUAGAAAAGCACACCCAAUGCAGGUCCGCGUUCGUUGGCUGUGUGUACUCAGCAGAUGCUCUUAGCCAAUAGGAAUGGUCUCUCAUUGUCCUGCUUUGUUCUACAGAGCAAAUUGGCUUCUUCUCCUGGACAAGACUGGAUGCAGUGUCAAAACCAAACAGGACCCAAGUAGCUUGUCAAACUGUGCUAAAAGGUUUUACAAUCUUACCGCAGAAUUGUGUCAAAGCACUCCAGCAACCAUAACCACUACAACAGCCUGUAGUAGUUAUGUGAUUGGAGUAUUCUUUCCCAGGAUUCUUAGUAUUGCGUUUACUUAAGCUAUAUUUACAAUAUGUAUUUUUAAGAUGUGAAAACAAACAUUUAAUACCUGCAUGUGGGUGCCUCAGUCAUGGCUUCCUGUCAAUCAUUGUUAUAAGCUCUGGCCUUUGCUCCUGGUAGUCCGUAUAGAGCGAGCAAGCCGAGAAGAGAAGAAAUUAAACCAUGUUUCUAUUUCACCUCUUCAUUUGCAAUGUUUGUCUUAUCUGAACUGGAUCAUGAUGUCAUUUGCUAAAUCUUUCAUGUAACUUUAAAAGAAAAUCGAGCGUCUCCCGAAAAAAAAAAAGUCAUAAAUGACUUUCAACGUUUUAUUCAACUGUGUAAAUGCCAGAGAGGUGACUGUUCCCUUUUUAAAGAAAAACUGUAUUUAUUAUUUUUUAUUGGAAAUUAGUUUAGUAGAUGAGCUGUUGGUGACCAUGUUGCACUGUUUAAUGUGAUGGCAUGGGGACUUUAUAUACCAUUAACUUUGGGCCGUGUGGUGGUUAUCGUGUCAGGAGAACCCUGGUGCCUCCCCCUUACAAAGAACCAAACUGUUUUAGAAUUGUUUGACUUCCUCUCUGGGUCUGCGGACUUGGCUCUACACCUCCUUUCUGCUGGAAGCUCUCAUUGAGCUAAUCCCGGUGGACUCUCAUCCAGUGAUCUAGCCCUGCAUGGCUCUCCUUAGCUCAGAAGAGGCAACAGAGGCUCCUAAGCUGGAGUUUCCAGGUUUCUUUCCAACAAACAGGGAGUGUGGAGCAGCACGCAGCAGUGGUCCCCCAGGUAAGAAGUCAAACCAUUUCUAGAUGGUUUGACCAUGAUCAUUGCGGUGUGCCAGGGCACUCCUGGAACCAAAACCACUGCAAUGUGCUCUAGUGUUUUAUGGUGUUUAGAGUCUUCCUCUAAAUACUUCAUUAAAUUCAUUUGUUCUGGAUUCAAGAAACGUGGAAGCUGAUGUAGUAAUGGUGUGUGUCUAUUGUCCUCCUGUAGCUUUGAUAAAGACCUUGUGGCCCAGGCUCCAGCAUUUGUGGGUGCAGCGCUGAUGAGAAUUGAUGACAUGGAACUGAAAGAAGAAUGGCAGGAUGAAGAGUUUCCUAGGUGAGUGAGAGAGGCCAUUGCUCUAUAUACGGUAUCUGUCACAUGGAAAGAUUGGGAAUAUAAUGUGCAGAUUAUAAGGAACAUUAAAUGGUUACUCUAAGCACCAUGACUACUUCACUGAUUUGUAGUGAUCAUGGUGUUUGGAGUCUAUAUGUGCAGUGUCUCAUUUCUUUAAUAAAUGCUGCACAUACAGAGGGAAAGCAGCACUGUAAAUCCACCUCCGGUGGCAUGAUUAGCAGCAUGCUGGCAACAGUCAGCCAAUGGCGGCACCAUCCACUCCGUGACGCUAAAUCACACCUAAGCCCAGCCUCUGGGACACUGGUGUACAUACCGUGGUCGCAGGGACCGGGCCGCCCUGCGACUGUCUAUGUACGCCGGUUUGCCAGCCUCUUCUCCUGGGGGGCCAAGGAGCUGGCCAUCUCAGGGCCCCCCGAGGCUGGCAGUGUGUUACAUGGUGGGCUGUCACUGCGGGCGCGCAAGGGAGCUGAAUAGGAGGAUCAGUGCUCCCUCGCUGCCUGCAGGACCGGCUGCCAGGCAGCCCCACUAGACCCCAGGGAAUCCCCUCAGCACUCACAAAGGUAGGGAGGCUGAGGGAUUAAAUUAAAAGUGUGUGUGUGUGUGUGUGUGUAAUAUAUAUCUAUCUAUCACCAGGGCCCCAGGGAUCGUGUGUACACCACUGCUCUGGGACACCCCUCCCACUGCAGAAAGGUUGUAGUAGAUUGUAGUGUUGCCAGGGGCCAGACAUUUUAGGUGACUUACUAAUAACAAUUUAUAAAGCUAAAAUGGAAUAUAGAACAAGAACAAUGUAUCUUAUUUACCCAGACUGAUUUCUAAACACAUUUAUUGUAAUUUAAAGACACAUUACUGGGAGUAUUAUUGCUGUGGGGCUCUGUUAUACACCCAGACACAUUAUUGGGAGUAUUAUUGCUGCGGAGGUCUGUUAUACUUUCAGACACAUUACUGGGAGUAUUAUUAAUGUGGAGCUCUGUUACACACUCAGACACAUUACUGGGAGUAUUAUCGCUGUGGAGCUCUGUUAUACACACAGACACAUUACUGGGAGUAUUAUUGCUGUAGAGCUCUGUUAUACACUCAGACACAUUACGGGGAGUAUUAUCGCUGUGGAGCUCUGUUAUACACUCAGACACAUUACUGGGAGUAUUAUUGCUGUGGAGCUCUGUUAUACACUCAGACACAUUACGGGGAGUAUUAUCGCUGUGGAGCUCUGUUAUACACACAGACACAUUACUGGGAGUAUUAUUGCUGUGGAGCUCUGUUAUACACUCAGACACAUUACUGGGAGUAUUAUUGCUGUGGGGCUCUGUUAUACACUCAGUCAUAUUACUGGGAGUAUUAUUGCUGUGGAGCUCUGUUAUACACUCAGUCACAUUACUGGGAGUAUUAUUGCUGUGGAGCUCUGUUAUACACUCAGACACAUUACUGGGAGUAUUAUUGCUGUGGAGCUCUGUUAUACACUCAGACACAUUACUGGGAGUAUUAUUGCUGUGGAGCUCUAUAAUACACACAUUACUGGGAGUAUUAUUGCUGUGGAGCUCUGUUAUACACUCAGACACAUUACUGGGAGUAUUAUUGCUGUGGAGCUCUGUUAUACACUCAGACACAUUACUGGGAGUAUUAUUGCUGUGGAGCUCUGUUAUACACUCAGACACAUUACUGGGAGCAUUAUUGCUGUGGAGCUCUGUUAUACACUCAGACACAAUACUGGGAGUAUUAUUGCUGUGGAGCUCUGUUAUACACUCAGACACAUUACUGGGAGUAUUAUUGCUGUGGAGCUCUGUUACACACUCAGACACAUUACUGGGAGUAUUAUUGCUGUGGAGCUCUGUUAUACACUCAGACAAACCAACAUUAUGGAGCUACUAAAAAAGAGGGACAAAGGCACAAAAUAAGGACUCUUCCUCCUAAAUAGGGACACUUGGCAGGUAUGAAACAGUUGUCACUUUCUAUGUUGCGUUAAACAUAUGUGCUGUGUCCCGGAGGAUACACAGUAAUUAAACACCCAGUAAUGUGUCUCUAGACUGGAGUGAAAGACAUUUAGAUGAAUGUUCAUACUAUGAGAUUUUUCUGCUCUUGUCGUUCCCCGCUUACUUGUCAUGUCAAUAAUUAUCAACCGGUAACAAAGGUAAAAGGUAAAAAUGAUUGAUACUGCUCCACCACCAACUGCACCCUCUAAAGCUAAUAAAAUGUCUCUCUUUGAAUAUUUUUACUUGUGGGGAAGUAUGCAUCACAUAGUGUGUGAAAUAUAUCCUCUAAUUAUCCCUGAAUUAUCUUGUAGGCCUCUUCCAGAGGAGAAUAGCGAUUCCAAAGAAGACCGUGAACCAGGUAGGAACAAAGCUUAGAGCAAAUCUGCCACCUACAUAUGGUCGGGUUCUAUCAGAGGGAGAGUGCUAGGAGAACCAUUAUAAAAUGAAACAUAAAAGAGCAUGUUUCUUCUGUAAACUGUUUGAUUUUAUUAUAUUAAUUAGAAAUGUAUUUUAUUUCCAAUAAUAGAGUCAAAUGCUGUUGCCAUUACUUAAAGGGACGCUAUAGUCACCAGAACAACUACAGCUUAUUGUAUUUGUUCUGGUGAGUAGAAUUAUUCCCUUCAGGCUUUUUGCUGUAAACACUGUCUUUUCUGAGAAAAUGCAGUGUUUACAUUAUAGCCUAGUGAUAACUUCACUGGCCACUCCUCAGAUGGCUGUUGGAGGUGCUUCCUGGGUCAGUGCUGCACAGACUGACUGACAUUCAGUGUCUCCUCCCUCUGCAUGCAGACACUGAACUUUCCCCAUAGAGAUGCAUUGAUUAAAUUCAUCUCUAUGAGGAGAUGCUGAUUGGCCAGGGCUGUGUUUGACUUGUGCUGGCUCUGCCACUGAUUUGCCUCUCUGACAGUCUCAGCCAAUUAUAUGGGGAAGCUUUGUGAUUGGUGCAGACCACCACUUCUGAUGAUGUCAGCAGGCAGAUCAGAGCCAACAGCUACAGACUUGAAUACAAGUAAGAUUUUACUAUAUUUAGGGAGGCAAGAGGGGGUGGGGGGGGGGAGGGGAGGGCUAGAUGGUGGUUUUUAACACUAUAGGGUCAGGAAUAAAUGCUUGUGUUCGUGACCCCAUAGUGUUCCUUUAAUUUUAACGAGGACUAUAUAUAGUGCUUUAAAAAAAAAAAGGUGAAAUUCUAUCUUUCACACCAUAAUGGAACAGAAGGUGCUUCGUAGGUUCAAUACUAAACUCCGUUGUCACUGCCGGGAAAUGGGAAACUACUCGACCUCGAGUCACUAAUAGCUCUCCCCAUACUGAUUCGCCUAUAUUUUUAGGAUUAUUUACUGAAGUGAGAAUUGUAGGAAUUUAAAGUGAAUUUCAAAUUAAAAGACAGAAUAGCCAAGACAGAGAAAACAUUCUCCAAGUCUCCUAUUUUUCCAGUACAGAUACUUUUAGAAACAUUGAGAAUUCAAAGUGCAUUUCAAAUUGAAGGCGACUUUAGUGAUUAGCCCUGUUUAUGUCUCUAUGUCCACCAGUUUGUCCACCCAAUACUCUGGAACUGUGUGGCAAUCGGCAUAUGAAAAGGCGACUGUCUGCUCCCUCACUCAGCUUUAAUUUGGAGAACAGUGAGGGCUCCAUGAGGUCCAGUGACAUAUUUGAUCAAAGCACAGAUGAUAUUGACUUUGAUAUUGACGACUUGGAAACCCCAAACAGCAGCGAAAUGCUGGACUUCACCGAAAACAGCCAUGAAUUUGAGUGGGAAGGUAAAGAUUUGUUUUACUUUUAUUAAAGAUGCAGAUAGAGUUAUGAAAUCAGGCCCAGGCACUAUUUAGAAAGAUACCACUUUCCUUGUCUUUCCUACUUCUAUCAGAUGACCUGCCAAAGGCUAUGGGAAAAGAGGAAAAAACUUAUAAUGAAAGCCUUAUUACUGACCUGGAAGACAAGACAGGCCGAAAAUGGCGAAUAUUUCUGAUUGGAGAACACAAAGUAGACAUGACUGCUAUUGAACCAUAUCAACAAGUGAUCUCUCAUGGAGGUAACCAGGCAAUCCAGAGCCUGCUCUUAGGAGGGAAACUGCCAAAUGAUUAUGGGAAACGGAGAGGCCAUUAAUAAUACUCUGUUUACAUACCCCCUUUUAUGCUUUCAUUGACAACCAUUUUCUGCCCUUUCUGUGUUUCCGCUGUCCAUCAUGUACUUCUUUUAUCACCUAUUCUGAUAUCUGCAUUCCUCUGUGAUUCUCAUCGAAGACCUUUUAUUCCUAUUAAAUGGAUGCUAUAGUCACCAGAAUAACUACAGCCUUUUGUAUUUGUUCUGGUGAGUAUAAUCAUUCCCUUCUGGCUUUUUGCAGUAAACACUGUUUUUGCAGAUAAAAUGCAGUGUUUACAUUACAGCCUAGGGAUACCUCCACUAGCCAAGCCUCAGAUGGCUGAACUUUUCUAAUUGAGAUUCAAUGUAUCUCUACGAGGAGAGGCAGAUUGGCCAGGGCUGUGUUUGGCUUGUGCUGGCUCUGCCCCUGGUCUGCCUCCUUUACAGUCUCAGCCCAAUGCUUUCAUAUGGGAAAGCAUUGUGAUUGGCUCAGAACACCACUUCUGAUGAUGUCAGCCAAGCAGGCAGAGCCAGCAGCAGGAGACUGGAAUAAAUGUAAGAUUUUGCUAUAUUUAGGGAGGGCGGGCUAGAUGGUGUUUUUAACACUAUAGGAUCAGGAAUAAAUGUCUGUGUUCCUGACCCUAUAGUGUUCCUUUAAGUUCUGAGUCUUUCUACCACACACUAGAUUCUCCCCUCCAGCAUGGAAAUAUGAUACUCCUUUUCCAAUAUCCACAUUGGAAUAUCUUAACAGAAAAUAUGUUACUGUCUUUUAUUAACAAAGGUCUGUCUAUCUUCUCUUCUCCCAGGUUACUAUGGUGAUGGUUUAAACGCAAUCAUUGUGUUUGCCUCUUGCUAUUUACCGGAUAGCAGUAUUCCAGAUUACCAGUAUGUCAUGGACAAUCUAUUCAGGUAAAUGCACCCAUUAUAACAUUAUAAAUUAAGAGACUCUUUGCUGAGAGGACUCGGGUCUAGUUCCAGUUUUCUUUCUUAUAUUAUAUAUAUUUUUUUCUUUCCUGUCCCCCUUUCGGUCCUUAAACCACUGUCCUAGUAAUUACAAAAAAAAAAAAAAGUCAGAUCUCCUCUAUUCUACCCAUUUAUAUCUUAAUUGAUCCCCAAACCAUAUGCCUUUAUUUGUUUUUUUUUCUACUAUCUCUUCUAUCUGGCUCAUUUUGAUUUUGCCCAUUUAUAGUCUAUAAAAUAAGAGUCACAAAUAUACCAUUUCACAUCCUCACCACUUUUUGAAUUUUUGCCCAUUUUAUUUUCAAGCCUUCUUCCUUUUCGACCCUCUAAGAAUAACAUCCAUACUCUUCAUCAUUACAUUCUCUGUAAUAUUUUUUUUCUCUCCGUGUGUCUGCCCGUUACCAUGCCUUGUUUCCCUGUUUUCUCAAAUUCGGUCUUUCCCCGUACACUCUCGCUCUCUCUCAUUUAAUCUGUUUUACAUGCAGAUAUAUUAUAGGAACACUGGAUCUUAUGAUUGCAGAAGACUACAUGUUGAUUUAUCUAAAUGGUGAAACACCUCGCAGCAAAAUUCCUACGAUUGGUUGGAUCAAGCGUUGUUAUCAAGCAACAGGUAGAAGGUAAAUAUUCCUUUAUAGUCUCAGACAUAUACACUGAUCAUCCACAACUUUAAAACCACUGACAGGUGAAGUGAGUAACAUUAAUUAUAUUGUUACAAUGGCACCUGUCAUGAGAUGGGCUAUAUUGGGCAGCAAGUGAACAGUCAGCUCUUGAAUUUCAUGUUUUCGAAGCAGGAAGAAUGGUUAAGCGAAAAGAUCUGAGUGAGUUUGACAAUGGCCAAAUAGUGGUGGUUAGACAACUGGGUCAGAGCAAAUCCAAAAUUGUAUGUCUUGUGGAGUGUUCCUAGUAUGCAGUAGUUAGUACUAGGGAUAGACCGAUAAUUGGUUCGACCAUAUUCUGGGUAUUGGCCACUAUUGACACCGACAUUGCCAAUAAAGUGAGAGGCGGCGUUGGCCCAGCGCAUGCAGGGCCGGCAUGUCCAUAAGGCUCUGGGGGCACAAGAAUCGAGUGACUGGCAGGAAGGAAGUGCAUAGUGCUCCCCCUUCCAGUCACUCAGUGUGGCGUGGGUGAGAAGAGCAGACUGCGCUACAGGAGCUAAGCGGAAGUGCUCACUGAGAGAGCACUGCCUGUCAGUCCAGUCGGGUACAGGAAACUGAAGCUCCUGUACCACAGUCCGCUGCGCUUGGCCAUGCUACAAGAGAGAGAAUGAGGCACACCAAGGAGGGGAAAGGACCACAAAGGGGGGAGGGGGACGGGGGCACACACACUAAAGGACAGGGAGGGAGAGGACUACUAAGGGGCAGGGAGUGAAGGUGAGGGGAAAGGAAAAUGAAAGGGAGAGGUUCACUAAGAGACAGGGAGGGAAGCGAGAGGAACACUAAAUAUUCUUGAAAACAAACAAAUCUGACUGGCAUGUAUAUUUAGUACAUUUAACACUUAAUAUAAAUUAUUUUUUUUGUUUGUUUUUUUUUUUGCUAAAAACAAAUAUUAAAUAUACAUGUUCAGUAAAUGGUAGAUUUGGUAGAAAUUUUCUUUUUUCAAAACGGUAAAUGUACAGAGUAUCGGUAAGUCAUCGGCUAUCAGCCUAAAAGUUCACAGAUUAUCAGUAUUGGCUCUAAAAAUCAAUAUUGGUCGAUUCGUAGUAGUACCUACCAAAAGUGGUGCGUGGAAGGAUAACCAGUGAACAGACGUCGGGGGUCAUGGGCCACCAAGGGGUUAUUGAUGCACAUGGGGAGUGAAGGCUAUCCGCUCACAUAGAAGAGCUACUGCAGCUCAAAUUACUGAAAAAUGUAAUGCUGGCCAUGAUAAAAGGUGUCAAAAUGCAGAGUGCAUUGCAAUUUGCUGCGUAGCUGCAGAGCAGUCAGUGUGUCCAGGAUGGCCCCUGUCCACCACCGUAAGUGCCUCAGAGCUGAAACAUGGAGCAAUGGAAGAAAGUUGCCUGGUUUGAUGAAUCACAUUUUAUUUUAAAUCAGGUGGAUGGAUUUUAGAUCCCUUACCUGGGGAAGAGAUGGCAGCAGGAUGCACUAUGGGAAGAAGGCAGGCUGGUGGAGGCAGUGUUAUUUUCUGCAUAAUGUUCUGCUGGGAAGCCUGAGAUCCUGGUAUUCCUGUGGAUGUUACUGACACCUACCACAUAUCUAGAGAUUGUUAAAUACCAUCUACAGCCAUUCACGGGAAUGGUGAUCUCUAAUGGCAAUGGCCACUUUCAGCAGGAUAAUGCACUCUGCAACACUGCAAAAAAAUGUUUAGGAAUGGUUUGAGGAACAUGACGACAAGUUCAAUGAGUUGCCUUGGUCUCUAAAUUCUCCAGAUCUCAAUCCGAUUGAGCAUUUGUGGGAUAUGCUGGAACAACAAAUCCGAUCCAUGGAGGUCCCACCUCACAACUUGCAGGACUUAAAGGAUCUGCUGCUAAUGUCUUGGUGCCAGAUACUACAGGACAUGUUCAGAGGUCUUGUUGAGUGCUUGACUUGAUGCAUCAGAGUUGUUUUGGCAACACGAGGGGGACCUACACGAUAUUCGGCAGGUGUUUUUAAUGUUGUGUCUGAUCAGUGUAAUUUUAAUACUUAAAGAACCACUCUGCACACCAUAGCAUAUCACCAUCUUACAUUAAGGGGGUUAAAACAUUUUUAAUCACUUCAACCUCAAAGUUCUGAUUAUGGUACCUGUCUUCCUGCCCUUUGCCCCCUCCUGAAAUUAACUUUCCCCAACAAUUCUCACUUUGGGGAUUAAACAAACCUCUACACUUUAUUGCAAAACACAUUGAUGUGUCAUAAUAUAAAUAACUCCUAUAUUGCCACCAAUUUUCCCUUCAUUUCCUGUAAUUAUUAUUAAUAAAGCGCCAACAAAUUCUGCUACGUAGUACAAUAGGUAGACUGACAGACAAGUAUUUGCAACAAGACGGUUGGAAGCACAGAAACAGAGGCUGCUUAGAACACUGCUCAAACGAGCUUACAUUUUAGAGGGAGUGGGGUAAAGUGGCGCAAUAAGUAGAGGUAGGAUGUAUUUCUUGUACGGAAAAAGUAGGUUACUAGAAUAGUUUUAGGAUGUUUUUUUGAUUACACAGUUGCAGGGUGGGUUAUCAGGGUGUGGGGAGAGAAAGCUAUUAACCGUUUAAUUGAUAUGUUUUCAUAAAGAUGUUUUCUAGUUUUUAAUGAAGGAACUUAGACUGGGUGAGAGUCUAACAGAGAAGUUAAGGGAGUUCCAUAGGAAUGGCGAUGCCCUAGAGACAGGGCCGGCGCGACCAUAAGGCGGCACAGGCGGCCGCCUUAGGGCGCACCGGCUCUGGGGGCGCAAAAUUCCAGUGACCGGCAGGAGGGAAGUGCUCCCUCCUGCCAGGUCACCUCCUGGAUCCCCGGCGCGGUGUGCGGAUGAAUUGGAUGCCGAGGUGGCGAGGGAGCUCUGAUCUCUCUGAUCUGCUCCCUCGCAGGCUGCUGACUGAUGACGUCAUAUUCCGGCUCCCGCGGCAUCAGUAAACAGCCUGAGAGGGAGCAGAUCAGAGAGAUCAGAGCUCCCUCGCCACCUAGGAAUCCAAUUCAGCCGCACGCCUCCCAGCAGCCCCACUGGACCACCAAUGAGAGACCCACGCCAGCUCUCCAGGUAGGGAGGCUGGGUGGGAAAUUUAAAUUUAAUUAAGAUUUUUAAUUUCUGUGUGUGUGUGUGUGUGCAUGUGAGUAUGUGAGUCUGUCAGUGUGUGUGUGACUAUGUGAGUUUGUGUGUGUGUGUGUGAGUGAGUAUGUCUGUCAGUGUGUGUGUGAGUGAGUGUGUCUGUCAGUGUGUGUGUGUGUGUGAGUGUGUGUGUGUGUGUGUGUGUGUGUGUGUGUGUGUGUGUGUGUGUGUGUGUGUGUGUGUGUGUCUGUCUGUGUGUGUGUGAGUAUGUGUGUCUGUCAGUGUGUGUGUGAGUAUGUGUGUCUGUCAGUGUGUGUGUGAGUAUGUGUGUCUGUCAGUGUGUGUGUGUGCAUGUGAGUAUGUCUGUCAGUGUGUGUGUGAGUAUGUGUGUCUGUCAGUGUGUGUGUGAGUAUGUGUGUCUGUCAGUGUGUGUGUGUGCAUGUGAGUAUGUCUGUCAGUGUGUGUGUGUGUGAGUAUGUGUGUCUGUCAGUGUGUGUGUGCAUGUGAGUAUGUGUGUGUGUCUGUGUGGUUCUGUCAGUGUGUGUGUGGUUCUGUCAGUGUGUGUGUGUGAGUAUGUGUGUCUGUCAGUAUGUGCAUGUGCGCAUGUGAGUACGUGUGUCUGUCAGUGUCUGUGAGUUUGUGUGUGUGUGUGUGUCAGUGUGUGUUUUUUAAUGAGUCUGUCAGUGUGCGUGUGAGUGUCUGUCAAUGAAUGAGUGUGUCAGAUAAGUGAGUCUGGCUGUCAGAGAUGUCUGUAUGUUUGUCAUUGAGUGUGUGUGACUGUCAGUGUUUAUACACCCCUGACUGUAGCGUGGCCAAGCGGAGUGUACCGUGGUACAGGAACUUCUGUUUCCUGUUUCUGGCAGAACUUACAGGAAAAGCUCACUGUACCGGGAUUCGCUCCGCUCAGCCACGCUACAAAAAAAGGUAGGAGGCACACCAGGAAUGGGAGGGGACCACUAUGGGGGUGGGUGGCGCACCAAGGGACAGGGAGAGGAGGGGAGAGAUACCCUAAGGUACAGGAAAAGGAGGGAGGGGGGGAGAGGAAUACUAAGCGACAGCCAACAGAUGGGGGAGGGGAGAGGAACACUAAGGGACAGGGAAAGGAGGCGGGAAGGGAAAGGAACAGUAAGGGUCAGAGAAGGGAGGGGACCAUUAAGGGACGGGGAGAGGGGCCGGAUGUGAAAGAAACACACAGCGGGGCUUGAGAAGGAAAGAGACACACACAAAGGAGCUGGGAAGAAUAAAAGACACAAAUAGGCUGGGAGAAAAGGAGUCACACAAAGGGGCUGGGAGGAGUAAGACACAAAAUGUGGGAGGAUGUAAGAGUCAUACAAAGAGGAGAGAUAGGAGACACACAAAGGAAAAAAUAGGAGAUAAAAUACACUAAAGGGAGUCAGAUAUUUAAAAGACGGGAUAAGAAACACAAAAGGGAGGUUAAGAGGCACAUGGGUGAAGAUGUUUUUGGGGGGGCGGAAAAAUGCAUCUUCGCCUAUGUACCCAAAAUUCUUUGCACCGGCCCUGCCUAGAGAAGUCUUGAAGGUGGGUGUCCAAAGUGCGAGUAGGAACAGAGGAUAAACGUAGAUCUUCAGCAUACUGUAUCACGCUGGACGGGACAUACUUGUCUAUUAGUGAGGAUAGGUAGGUAGGAGUAACGUUCUGUAGAGAUUUCUAAGCAAGCACCAUCAUUUAAAAUUGUUCCCUAAAUCUUACGGGAGGCCAGUGUAAGGACUGACAGAGGGGGCAGACAUAGGAGGUGCAGGCGGAAAGGAAGACUAGCCUCGCCACUGCAUUUCUUAUAGAACGUAACUGGGCAAGCUGGAAACACGUAAGAUCACUGAGGAAAAGGAUUGCAGAAGUCAAGGCGAGAGAUGAUGGUGGCAUGGACCAGAACCUUAGCUGCAUCCGGUGUUUAAUAGGUGCAGAGGCGCUAUGUUUUUGAGAUCGAAGGGGCAGGAUUUGGUGAGUGAUUGGACCUGAGGAAAAAUCAGUUGUUUCCUUUCUAAUGUUGUUCUAUUCUAUAAAUUAAUCUGUCAACAGGACAAUGUCUGAAAAUAUAGAUUUUCUUCACUGUGGCAGACGUUAUUUUUAAAACUCCCACAUAUUCCGCAGCGUGGUACAACUUCACCAACUGGUUUAUCUAAAAAGCAAAGGGGGUGAAUUCUGCAUUUCUCUCCCUUCACGAUAAACAUGUGCAAACAUUUAUACAGCCAUCUGUUUAUGGUGAAAAGUCCUCAAUUAUUUGACUGAUCCGUAUUUAUUGUGUUUUUAAGGCUGAAGAAAAAUCUGAAAUCUGUUUUGAUUGUCCAUCCCACGUGGUAUGUGAAAGCUCUGCUCGCCAUCAUUCGACCAUUUAUCAGGUAAAGCUGUCGAACAUAUUGAUGUAGAACCGUGACAGGUGUAUUUUAUUUUUGUGUUAAUCUACUCCAGUAACUAAGAAGCUGCAGAGAAGGUGGAAUUUGGGAUUGAGAGAGACUUUACUUUUUAUUUUUGCCAGUUUGUUUGAAAGCAGUUUGACAGAAAAGGGUAAAAUUGCCCCCAGAUACUCAAUAACGAGUUAAAAUGGUCAUGGAGUGUAGAGUGUUACUUUGAAAAAGACUUCCAUACUAAAAAUUGCUAAGGAUCAGUCAUUCGAGAGAUUUCACAUGGUUUGUGUAUUGUGUACUGGAAAUCUGUCUACCCUAGAAACUAAUUCAAUGGUCCGCUAUUAAUUAGGCUGUAAUUAAAGGAACACGAAAGCAUUAUGGAAAACAAUGAACUAGUAUUCCUAAUGCUAAAGUGUUCUCCUCUGAAUUUAGUUUGGAGGAAAAAGCUCCUCGAUUUCCCUCCCAUGAUGUCCUGACCACUUUCUUCUCAUCCAAUCCAAAUCAGCUCAUUGAGGAGCAUUGAGGACGAAUAGUGCAUGUGUGUCCUGUGCUCCUCCAAUCAAAUGCAGGUUAGCUGUGAGAACUUUGAUUGGGUUCUCACAGCGGAAUCGCCACUGGGGACAUAUUUAACCCUGUAAGCAUUGCCAUAUCUACUAAACUGCAAUAUUUACUAAACUGGUUCAUGGAUUGCGGGAUAAAACUUACCAGGAAAGGUUAAAGGAUCUUAACAUGUAUAGCUUGGAGGAAAGACGAGACAGGGGGGAUAUGAUAGAAACAUUUAAAUAUAUAAAGGGAAUCAACACAGUAAAUGAGGAGACUAUAUUUAAAAGAAGAAAAACUAUCACAACAAGAGGACAUAGUCUUAAAUUAGAGGGGCAAAGGUUUAAAAGUAAUAUCAGGAAGUAUUACUUUACUGAGAGGGUAGUGGAUGCAUGGAAUAGCCUUCCAGCUGAAGUGGUAGAGGUUAACACAGUAAAGGAGUUUAAGCAUGCGUGGGAUAGGCAUAAGGCUAUCCUAACUAUAAGAUAAGGCUAGGGACUAAUGAAAGUAUUUAGAAAAUUGGGCAGACUAGAUGGACCGAAUGGUUCUUAUCUGCCGUCACAUUCUAUGUUUCUAUGUUUCUAUUUUACACUCCACGGAUAAAACUACAGGCCACUACACCAAAAUCACUUAUUUGAGAUAAAAAUGGUCUCUGUGCCUUCAAUGUCCUUUUUUAAAUGGAUUUGCAAAUCACAUGAAAUAACUAUUGUUUUCACCAGUUAUUUGCUUUUAGUUACAAUUACAUUUAAAGAUUUUUUUAUUUUUUUUUUGCAGCUCCAAGUUUGUAAGAAAAGUGAAAUUUGUCCGCAGCUUGAACGAUCUGUCCCAGAUUGUAUCACUAGAGGAUGUCCAUAUACCAGAUUGCAUUAAAAAGUAAGUGACAAGCAUGCAACUAUUUGAAAAUCACCACGAAUGAUUGAAAAUUAGAGAAUUCCUAUCUGCUGUAAAAACAUUUCUAUUUAGCUAUACUUAUGCAAAAAAAAUAAUUAAAAAAAUAAGUUUAACGUUACAACGUGUAUUGUCAGAAGGGAAAUAAAUCUUCAUAAAUCAUCUUCUUACUUUCCCAUAAAUCAGAUUUUUUUUUUUUUUAGCAAACUCUAUAAAUUGAACAUUCCGUUUCCAGCAAGUGGCUACAUGUACUAUAAUGUGCAAAUACCUGUGUUUUAACCUCAUUUUACUUGUUUGUUCCCAGGUCAGAUCGUGAUAUGAACCGAUGAGCUGUAAAGAGAAGAUAUUUGUGUAUAUGUAUAUAUAUAUAGAAUGACAUACUGUAAUAUAGUUUUCUGCACAUGAGCAAGACAGUUUACAUAUUUAUCUACUAAAAUAUUAUACUUCUAACCUAAAAAGCAGAUGAGCCAAGCGAAGUUUGUCAAAGCCAGACUUUAAAUAAAUGAAUGGUUAACCAGAUUAUUUAGUGUAGGAUAACUUAACUUUUUUUUAAUGGAGUUGGCCAUUUCCAUGGUUUGCAAAUAAAGGUGGAUCAUAUGGGUGCCACCCACAAGGAAGAGGUAAUACAAUGUCUCUGCUCGCAAAAUGACGUCCAUUCAUGCACAAUGUGCUCACAUACACAAAUCCGCACAAUUCACAAGCUUUGUUUUUGUGUAAUAUUGCCUGCGUGAUAAACUGGCACGAAAGUUACAUUUUGUCAGAAUCUGCAUCUUGGGGUAUAUAGGGUUGGCAAAUUCAUUAUACCAUCAAAUUUCUCCUUUUUCACAUACUAGGAAUGCUUUUCUUCCUAUGCAGGGUCAUUUUCACACCAUUUUCCUAGAGAUUAUAUAAACUAAGGAAUAUAUUUUUUUUUCUCAAAAAUAUAUCAAGUUUAUAAUUGUAAAGUAAAAAUAUUAAACUAUUUAAAAAAAA